CUGACCACCACCACCGCAAUGGGCGAGGCCAGCCUCACCUCGCCGCUCCUCUCCUCCGAUCAACCACCACCCCACUUGAUCGUCACCGUCCACGACGACACCACCACCGAAUUCCGCAACCCGUUCGAGUUUCUCGGGUCGGGCGGGUUCACGGUGCCGGCUUCGACGACGGCGGAUCCGUUCAAGAACGCGACUUGGGCGGUGGAAGGGGUUUACGAGUGGGUGAAGAUCGGGGUGUGCUUGCCGAUCGCGAUUGUGAGGCUUGUGAUCUUCGGGGUUUCGUUGCUGGUGGGGUUUGUGGCGACCAAACUGGCUCUGUUGGGGUGGAAGGAUCGGCAGAACCCUAUGCCCAAAUGGCGGUGUAGGAUCAUGUGGAUCACUAGGGUUUGCACUCGCUGUAUUCUCUUUGCUUUUGGUUAUCAUUGGAUAAGGCGGAAAGGAAAACCUGCUCCAAGAGCUACUGCCCCAAUUGUUGUAUCUAAUCAUGUAUCUUUUAUAGAACCUAUAUUCUAUUUUUACGAACUAUUCCCAACGAUUGUUGCAUCUGAGUCCCAUGAUUCCCUACCUUUCGUUGGAACCAUCAUCAGAGCAAUGCAGGUGAUAUAUGUUAAUAGGUUUGCACCAUCGUCAAGGAGACAAGCUGUUAGUGAAAUAAAGAGAAAAGCUGCGUGCGAUAGAUUUCCUCGAGUGCUCAUAUUUCCGGAGGGAACUACUACCAACGGAAGAUAUCUCAUUUCAUUUGAACUUGGUGCAUUCAUCUCUGGUUACCCAAUCCAACCAGUAAUUGUACGCUAUCCUCAUGUGCACUUUGAUCAGUCCUGGGGGCACAUUUCUUUGCCAAGGCUCAUGUUUAGGAUGUUCACACAAUUUCACAAUUUUAUGGAGGUAGAGUACCUUCCUAUUGUCUUUCCCCUUGAUAACAAGAAAGAAAGUGCUUUCCACUUUGCUCAGAGGACUAGUCAUGCUAUGGCAGGUGCACUCAAUGUUGUACAGACAUCUCAUUCUUUUGGAGAUUUAAUGCUACUCAUGAAAGCAGCUGAUUUGAAAUCAAAACAGGUGCGGCCGUCAGCUUACAUGGUUGAAAUGGCGAGUGUAAAAUCUUUAAUCAAUAUAAGCAGCAUGGAAGCCGUCGAUCUUUUGGAUAGGUUUCUUUCUAUGAAUCCAGACUCCAGUGGUCAUGUUACCUAUCAUGAUUUCCUGAGGGUUCUAAGACUCAAGCCCUGUACCUUUUCUGAAGAGAUAUUUGCAUUCAUUGAUGUUGACAAAAAUCGAGCCAUCACAUUUAAGCAGUUCUUAUUUGGAUCAGCGCAUGUCUUGAAGCUACGAUUAUUCCGGCAAUCCUGUGCAUUAGCGUUUUCUGAAUGUGUUUCUGGGGAUAACAGCUAUGUUUUAAAACAACAAUUUGGAGACGUUAUCAGGCCGGCAAUCCCGGAUUUGAACGAGGAUGAGAUCAAUGAGCUGUUCAAUUUAUUUGAUGCUGAUUGUGAUGGGAGAAUUGGCAAGGACGAAUUUCUCACUUGUCUAAGACGAAACCCAUUACUAAUUGCGCUUUUCUCACCUUGUUUGCUUAACAAAGACUUCUCAGAAGAUGGUAAUCAGGUGUUGGAAGAGAUUGUGUAGUGGGACGGAUUUUCUUUAGGGUGUGAAGAUUUUGAUCACCGUCUCAACCGCAAUGAGUCGGGUAUGGUUUUUGUUCGUGUGUGAUAGAGAGAGCCAGAAAGGAACUUCGGGUUGGGUUUUGCCAAGGUAUAGGGCGGGUGGGGGCAUAAUAUUUUUAUCUUGCUCCCUUGAGUUGCUCAUAGUUUAAUUCAAUAACUUAUUUCCUGGCCUGUAACUUGACAUAUUGUUCUUUACAAAGUAAUAUUUACGUGUUGGUUUGGCAAUC